AGCGCCUCGGCCUCUCCCGCUCCCUCUCCUGCUCCCUCUCCUGCUCCUUCCCGUCCGGUCCGGUCCGGUCCUUCGGUGCCCCCGCCAUGAAGGACGUGCCGGGCUUCCUGCAGCAGAGCCAGAGCGCCGGCCCCGGCCAGGCCGCCGUGUGGCACCGGCUGGAGGAGCUCUACACCAAGAAGCUGUGGCAUCAACUCACUCUUCAGGUCCUCGAUUUUGUGCAGGACCCCUGCUUUGCCAAAGGAGAUGGCCUCAUCAAGCUCUACGACAACUUCAUCAGCGAGUUCGAGCACAGAGUGAACCCCCUGUCCCUGGUAGAAAUCAUUCUUCACGUGGUCCGGCAGAUGACAGAUCCCAGCGUGGCCCUUACCUUUCUGGAAAAGACUCGAGAGAAGGUGAAGAGCAGCGAUGAGGCCGUGAUCCUGUGUAAGACGGCCAUCGGGGCCUUGAAGUUGAACAUCGGGGACCUGCCGGUCACCAAGGAGACGAUCGAAGACGUGGAGGAGAUGCUCAACGGCCUCCCCGGAGUCACCUCCGUCCACAGCCGCUUCUACGACCUCUCCAGCAAAUACUACCAGACCGUCGGGAACCACGCCUCCUACUACAAGGACGCCCUGCGCUUCCUGGGCUGCGUCGACGUCAAAGAGCUGCCAGUGUCCGAGCAGCAGGAGAGGGCGUUCACCCUGGGCCUCGCCGGACUGCUGGCCGAAGGGGUUUACAACUUCGGCGAACUGCUCAUGCACCCCGUGCUGGAGUCCCUGCGCGGCACCGACCGGCAGUGGCUGAUCGACACCCUGUUUGCCUUCAACAGCGGCAACGUGGAGAAGUUCCAGGCCCUGAAGGCCGCCUGGGGCCAACAGCCGGACCUGGCUGCCAACGAAGCUCUCCUCCUGCAGAAGAGCCAGCUGCUCUGCCUCAUGGAGAUGACCUUCACCCGACCCGCCAACCACCGGCAGCUGACCUUUGAGGAGAUUGCCAAAAGUGCCAAAGUCACCGUGAACGAGGUGGAGCUGCUGGUGAUGAAGGCCCUGUCGGUGGGGCUGUUGAAGGGCAGCAUCGACGAGGUGGACAGGCGGGUACACAUGACGUGGGUGCAGCCGCGGGUGCUGGACUUACAGCAGAUCAAGGGGAUGAAAGAGCGGCUGGAGUCGUGGUGCACAGACGUGAAGAGCAUGGAGAUGCUGGUGGAGCACCAGGCCCACGACAUCCUCACCUAGAGGGAGGGGAGAGGAGGGGAGGGUCCCGGGCAGCGGGCCCACGCCGGCGGCCCCCACGUAGCCCGACUCUGGACCGGAUCCUCUUCCGGGCGGGGGUCGGGGUGGGCGCCAGCCCCGUUUUCUGACGCUCGCCCGGAGGGGCUCGGCCACCUUCUCCGCACCCGGACCUCUGGUGCCCGGAGCGGGGGCACCUCCGGCACGGGCCCGAAAGGCAGCGACUCCGGGGGCCAGGCCGGACCCCGGGGGGUGCGGUUCCGUUAUUUUUAGAAUGUGGCUACUCCGGCAGGGGGAGGGGGAGGGGGGUCGGAGUCGGCUCCAAGCCCCAACAGGUGGCGGAGAGUUUGUUUUACCAGCCUGGAGAGCGCUGGAGGAGUGCUUGCCACCCUCCCUGAGCCACGGGGGUGGGGGGGCGGCCCCUCCGCCACCCCCCACCUCCAACCCCUCCACCAGCCAGAGGGCAGAAGCCACGGCUUCCUGCCCCCGUUCCCGCGGAGGAAGCCGCUCCCCCCCGGCCCCGCCGGUCACUCGUCUUGAGGAGUCGGAAAUGUAACCUAGCGGAAGUUUUGUUUUUAUAUCCCUGUUGGUUUGGGCUUGUCUUUUAUGAACAUUUUAAAAGUGUGGCACAGGAAUCCUGCUGGAAUAAACUUCUUUGCCUUCCUCC